UUAACUUUCGAAUGGAAACCGAUAAAUAAUUGUUAAAGGAAAUGUUAUCGAAACCUGUGUGGAGUGCAGGGGCAAAUGCAAGGGAACGACAGCUCACAUGACACUUCAAAAGGUGCGAAGAAUACUUAAACUUUUCACCGUUUGCGUUGUCGUCAACAAAGAUUGUUUAAUGUUUAUCUAAGACAAAAUGCCUGUUUAUGCGCCUCCAAAGCGCUAUGUAUUGUCUGGAAUGAUUUUUAUUGGCUUUUUUGCGAUGUCUGGUUUGAGAGUAAACUUGAAUGUCGCUAUCGGCGCAAUGGUCAACAAUCACACCGCCGUAGUGGACGGAGAGACUAUCUGUAGGGAACCAGAAUUUAAAUGGGAGCCUGAGCUAAAAGGUGUGAUUCUUGGUGCAUUCUAUUACGGCUACAUGGUGUUCCAAAUCCCUGGGGGCUGGUUGGCGUUACGAGUGGGCGGGGCUCGUCUUUUCGGAGCAGCAGUCCUUGCUGCAUCAGUACUCACUUUGUUAACCCCAGCGGCUGCUCGCUGGAGUCCUGCUGCUCUUAUUGUGUUGAGAAUAUUAGAAGGCCUCGCGCUGGGUGUUUUAUUUCCUUGUAACCACGCUAUCUGGAGCCGAUGGGCGCCAUCUGCCGAGAGAACAACUCUGGUGACUGUUUCCAUCACAGGAGGUAGCAUCGGCUAUUUACUCACUAUGCCAGUUUCCGGUCUAUUGACUAAAUAUGGCUUUGAUGGAGGCUGGGCCUCUGUAUUUUACUGCUUUGGUGUUUUCGGCAUUGUGUGGUAUGUUGUCUGGUUGAUGGUCGUGUACGAGUCUCCUGCAUUGCAUCCCACGAUAUCAACUGAAGAACAAAGAUUAAUACAAGAAACAGCAUUGGAUCUAUCCAAGGUGGACAAGAUUAUUAUCCCUUGGAAAUCUAUUCUUUUGUCACCACCAGUGUGGGGAAUAAUUGCUGCCAACUUUGCUUUAGACUGGGCGUUUUAUAUUUUGCUGAUAUCAAUGCCGACUUUUCUGAUAGAUGUCAUGAAAACAACCAUCACCAAGAUGGGUUUCUUAGCUGCAGCACCUUUUCUCGUCAAAGGGCUGUGUUCUCCAUUGUCGGGAUUAGCGGCAGAUGUUCUUAGAAAGAGCAAAGUGUCAACCAAAAAUGUUAGGAAAGUUUUUUAUGCUGCAGGUAGGCCACCACAUGUUUAUGCCAUUCUUAAUGUCCGUCCGUCCGUCAGUCAGUCAGUCAAUCGGACAGACAGACAGAGACAGACAGACAGACAAAUAGACCGACAGACAGUCAGUCAGUUCGUAAGUGGAGCUGUCUGUUGGUCAAUCGGUCGGUCAGUUGAUCACGGGUUGCUUUUCUUUGCAGACAAAAUGCCUGUUUAUGCGCCUCCAAAGCGCUAUGUAUUGUCUGGAAUGAUUUUUAUUGGCUUUUUUGCGAUGUCUGGUUUGAGAGUAAACUUGAAUGUCGCUAUCGGCGCAAUGGUCAACAAUCACACCGCCGUAGUGGACGGAGAGACUAUCUGUAGGGAACCAGAAUUUAAAUGGGAGCCUGAGCUAAAAGGUGUGAUUCUUGGUGCAUUCUAUUACGGCUACAUGGUGUUCCAAAUCCCUGGGGGCUGGUUGGCGUUACGAGUGGGCGGGGCUCGUCUUUUCGGAGCAGCAGUCCUUGCUGCAUCAGUACUCACUUUGUUAACCCCAGCGGCUGCUCGCUGGAGUCCUGCUGCUCUUAUUGUGUUGAGAAUAUUAGAAGGCCUCGCGCUGGGUGUUUUAUUUCCUUGUAACCACGCUAUCUGGAGCCGAUGGGCGCCAUCUGCCGAGAGAACAACUCUGGUGACUGUUUCCAUCACAGGAGGUAGCAUCGGCUAUUUACUCACUAUGCCAGUUUCCGGUCUAUUGACUAAAUAUGGCUUUGAUGGAGGCUGGGCCUCUGUAUUUUACUGCUUUGGUGUUUUCGGCAUUGUGUGGUAUGUUGUCUGGUUGAUGGUCGUGUACGAGUCUCCUGCAUUGCAUCCCACGAUAUCAACUGAAGAACAAAGAUUAAUACAAGAAACAGCAUUGGAUCUAUCCAAGGUGGACAAGAUUAUUAUCCCUUGGAAAUCUAUUCUUUUGUCACCACCAGUGUGGGGAAUAAUUGCUGCCAACUUUGCUUUAGACUGGGCGUUUUAUAUUUUGCUGAUAUCAAUGCCGACUUUUCUGAUAGAUGUCAUGAAAACAACCAUCACCAAGAUGGGUUUCUUAGCUGCAGCACCUUUUCUCGUCAAAGGGCUGUGUUCUCCAUUGUCGGGAUUAGCGGCAGAUGUUCUUAGAAAGAGCAAAGUGUCAACCAAAAAUGUUAGGAAAGUUUUUUAUGCUGCAGGAGCUGUAGCAAGUGGAUUUCUAGUUUUAAUAGCAGGAUACUCGCUAAACGUCACAAUUGUCGUUAUCUGCAUGAGUCUUGCGGGAAUGACUACGUCACUAGCCUUCCCAGCAUACACUGUGAACAUGCUGGACAUUGCACCUCGCUACUCUAGUAUCAUCAUGGGAGUGUGUAACACAGUUGGAACAACAGCUGGUUUUGUUAGUCCAACUAUUGUGGGCUUUAUCACCCAAGAUAAGACUGCAGAAGAAUGGCAGGGAGUAUUCUGGCUGACUUUUGCAAUAUUAGUUGGUGGGACGGUCAUCUUUUGUGUCUUGCUGUCGGGAGAACGUCAGGAAUGGGACAAAGCUACUUCAAAACCCACUGAUGAUGCUAUGGAAUCACAAUAUGCUGCUGGCAGAUAACAAAUCACGAAUAACGAAUAACGAAACUACUUUUGCGUUACGCUACUACGCGCGCAGUCUCUACUUAUGUACUAUUGCCUCGAGUUUGACGACCUGAAAAGACAUUUUGGUUUCACGAAAACCAUCAGUGAUGGUUUGAUUUGUAGAACAGUAAUUUACAAAUGAAAAGAACCAAUUUUGGAAAUGGAGGCCAACUCACUGUUUCCCGUUGAGCCAGUCAUUAAGUGUUUUGUUAUGC